AUGGCCGCCGUGUCCACGAUCCCCUCGGAGUACCUCGAGGACGUCUCUGACGAGCGGAGCCUCGGCGCCGUGAGCAGCCUGUCGUCGGAGGACGACGUGACGACCGUCGAGCACAACAGUUUGGACUGGUACGCCGUGGUCCAGCGCACGGCGAAGCAGCGGCUCCAGGACCUGCACAAGCACAAGGCCAGCGCGCCCGCGGCCCAGAACGCGGCCCUCCGGCGCGAGGCCGCGACGCCGACCAUCGUCACGGUCGUGCGGCCGUCGAAGGAAUCCGGCGCGGCCAAGUCCGAGUGGAAGACCGAAACGUCGACGACGCUCGACGUCGCACUGGGCCCCGGGCGCCUCGGCGCGUCCUGGCGGCGCACCUUCCCCGUGGCCUUUGGCGUCGGCGUCGGCGGCGGGACCGGGCCGGACGCGGGGAAGCUCGACGCCGCGUCGAGCAGCGGCUGCGAGGCGCUCGUGGCGCCGCUCGUCGCCGCGCUCUGCCCCGGCCUGAGCGGCGCGCUGGACGGGUCGCUGCCCCGGGGCGCGGCGACGACGGUGCUGGCCGUGGGCAGCGCGGCGGCCUGCGAGGAGUGCGUCUUCGGCGCCGCGCACGACGACGCGGGCUUCGGCGGCGUCGCGGCGCGGGUCAUCGAGGACGCGGGGUCGCGCCUCGGCGGCCGCAAGGCGGGCCUGGAGCGGGGCGACGCGUCGCAGACGGGGGGGCACCCGCUCGUGCUGGGCGUCGUCGCCGUCGACGCCGCGGGCGACGUGCUGGACCUCCUGCCGCCGUCGGACCACGCGGACGCGCGCGGCGUCGGCGGCGGGUCGCGGGCCAUGGGCCGCAAACGGGUCCGGCGCCUGCUGAACGCGGCGCGGGCGAACCUGCUCCACCUCGGCCUCAAGGAGCCCGCCCACGUCGUCGCGACCGUCGACGUCAAGUCGGACGUCCGGAGCCUCGCGGCGCCGGGCUCGACCGCGGCGCGCCGCGUCCACGUCGUCCACGUCGCCGCGCCGCCCCGGAAGCGCUUCGAGGAGACGGAGGCGACGGGCGGCGCCCAGCUCGCGAGCCUCGCGGCGGCCCUGCGCCACGCCUUCGGGCUGGACGCGGACGACGCGCCGCCGCGCGAGGACGCGCUCGCGCGCUUGCUCCACGGCACGUCCGUCGCGCCGGACGCGGCGCCCGUCGUCGCCACGUGCGUCGGUUUAGGGCCCCGCGAGCUCGACGCGGCGCUGCCCUGCCUCGAGUGGGGCGCGCUGUCGUCGCGCGACGACGCCGCGCGGCGCCGCGCGCUGUCGGCGCGCGCCGUCGCCGCCGCGUGCGACGAGGCCGCGGCCGACGCGGCGGCGCUCGCGGCCGUCGUCGCGGAGCUGCGGCCGCCGUCCGUCGCGGAGAUCGAGGCGCGGGACCGCCAGCCCCGCAAGAAGUCGCCGGAGCAGGCGUCGCCGCCGAAGUCGCCGCCGACGUCGCCGCCGAGGGUCGCCGCGCCGAUUCGACCGGACCCGGACGUCGCCGCCGUCGACGCCUUGGUCGCGCGCGAGCGCGAGGCCGCCGCGGCGUCCUUAGAGCGCGCCAUCGAGGAGACGCGGGCCCAGCGCGACGCCGAGCGGGCCCUGCGGGACCUGCGGGAGGCGCUCCACGACGCGGAGCGCGAGCGGGACGCGGCCGUCGCGGACGCUAAGCAGGAGGCCGACGCGCGGCGCGCCGAGGCCGAGGCGCGCUUCGCGGCCGAGGCCGCGGAGCUCGAGUCGUCGGCGGCGGCCCGGAGCCUGGAGGCGCGCUUCGAGGCGCUCGAGCUCCAGCUCGAGGGCGCGGCGAACGUCGCCAUCGAGGCCGCGUCGCAGGCGGCCGCGGCGACGGACGCGCGCGACGCCGAGGCCGCGGCCGCGCUCGCGGCGCUGAACCUCGCGGCGCUGCAGCAGCGGCAACUCGUCGUCGUGCCCGAGCCGCCGGCGUCGCCGACGCGGAGCGUGUCGACGGCCGCGCAGUACUCGCCGCCGGGCCCGCCCGCGGUGAAGCGCGCGUCGCCGCGGUCGGCGCCGCCGUCGUCGCCGGGCGCGUCGUCCGUCAAGAGCGGCCUCUUCGACGACAAGGGGUCUCUGGAUUCGGAGCUCGUGCACACGUCGCUCCACUCCCUCGAGCGGCGCGCCCAGCUGCUGGAGCAGGAGCUCGAGCGGAGCCGCGCGGAGGCCGCGCGGCAAGCCGUCGAGCUCCGGCGGCGCGAGGAGCUCGCGGGCCGCGACCGCGACCGCGCGGAGCAGGCCGUGCUGCGCGAGAAGGCGGCGGCGGAGGCGCGCGUCGAGGAGCUGCGGCGCGCCGCGUCGCGGGAGCUCGAGGACUCGCUGCGCGACGUCCACGGCGCCGUCGCGAAGCAGGCCGACGCCGCGCGCGCGGCGCUGCGCGACCUCGCCGACGAGCGCGACGCCGCCGUCGAGGACAAGGCCAAGCUCGUGGCGGCGGCCAAGGCGGAGCGCGACGCCCUCGAGCGCGAGCUCCGGGACGCGCGCGCGGCCGCGGACCGCGAGCGGGCCGUCGCGGACGCGACGCGCGCGGACGCGGCGGCCGUCGCCUACGGCGAGCGGCUCCGGGCGUCGGCCGAGGCCGAGCGGCGCCGCGCGGAGGCGACGGCCGCCGCCGCCGCCGUGGACGUGGCGCCCGCGGCGCCCGCGCCCGAGGCGCCGCCCGCGCCGCCCGCGGACCUCGCCGCGCCGCCGCCGCCGCCCUUCGGCGACGACGUCUUCGGGCGGUCGGCGCCGCCGUCGCCCGCGCGCCGCGAGGUCCUCGCCCUCGAGAGCGCCCUCGUGUCGCGGGAGCGCGAGAUCAGCGAGCUCCGCGCGUCGAGCCGCCGCGAGGCCGCGGCGUUGUGGCUCGCCGUCGGCAAGGCCGAGGACGCGCUCGCGGCGACGACGCGCGUCGCCGGCGCGGCGACGGCGCCGCCGCCGCGCGCGAACUGGGACAGCGACGGGUCCAACUACUCGCUGCUCAGCGACGGCCGCCGCCCCGCGCGGUCGCCGCCGCGCCGCCGGUCCGCGGGCGGCCGCCGCCGCGCGGACCGCGACGACCUCGACGACACGGACGACGACAGCGCCCUCGACAGCGUCGUCUCCGAGCUCGACGACCUGGACGCGCGCCUCGCGCGCCUCCGCCGCGGCCGCGGCGCGCCCGCGCCGCGCGGCCGGCCCGGGCUCGAACCCGUGGCGUCCGACGAUCACGGCGCGGGGCUCGACGAGUUGGACGCGCCGCCGCCGCCGCCGCCGCCGCGCCGCGUCGAGGACGCGCGGCCGCCGCCGCCGCGCCGCGGUGCUCCGGCCGCGCCGCCGCCGCGGCGCAAGGACCCCGUGCCCCGCGUCGAGCGGACGAACCGCGACGUCCUCGAGUUCCUCGAGCUCUCGAGCGACGCGCGGGGCCGCCGCAGCGCGCCGCCGCCGCCGCCGCCGCAGCGCGCCCAGAGCCCGCGGCGCCUCUCGCCGACGCGCGUCCUCGACGACGCCGCGCCGGACCCGCGGCCGGGCGGCUCGCGGUCGUCGCGCGGGCCGCCGUCGUCGCGCGCGUCGCCGAGCGCGUCCUCCGCCGUCCAGAGCGCGACGCGCGAGAGCCGCGCGGCGCGCCGCGAGCGCAUCCUCGCGGAGCGCAAGGCGAAGCGCCGCGGGACCUUCAACGCGGCCCACUACCCGGGCACGCUCCGGUCCUCCGCGUCGAUCACGUCCUCCCGCUGAUCCCGGCGCGCCGCGCCGGAUGUUCCCCUAGUCCCCUAACUUGCCUGCGUUGAAAGCAGCCUACUAUC